UGAGCGAGGAGGAAAGGCGGAAAUGUUCACAGUUUCGCGGUUGGUGUCACGCGCCGUGAUCAAGGCCACCGGAGAGCCGACCCGCUUAUAUAAACGCACACGCAAUGGUUCUUCCAUUGAGCUUUCGCUUAAGAUUGUGCAGCGCCUGUGUGACAUUGUCGCUGUCCCGUACAAGUCGUCAUCCGACGCAACAUGAAGGUUCUGCUCAUCUGCGGACUCGUCCUUGUAGGAGCUUUCCUUGCCGAUGCUGCUGGUGGUAAAGAACUAUGCGGGCUCAGCAAUGAUGAAAUUAAGGGGGUUCUAAGCUGCAUGGCAGAACGCGCACCCCCGCAGGUCAAGCCAAGGGCAUUGGAGAUCCUCGGAGAGAGAGGAGACAAGGCCGCUGACCUUAUUAAGACGAAAUGCGAGGCUGACGUGGACUUUGGCGAGCUGAUUAGCACAGUGUUCUCGGAGACAGUUGCAAACGGCAUUAAGGCGGCCUACGCUCAGUGCAAGCCUGCAUCUCGCUAGGGGGCUAGCCGUUGCAAUGGAGCUUCGGAAGUGGAGAACGCCGUCCGUGAAAAUGCAUUUUUACGGUAA